GUUAUAUCAAUGGCUGGAAACCAAAGUUUCACGCGUGUUUUUCAUAUCCGCCCUUGUACGAUGAAAGAUCACGCCAACCUUAGAAGUGACACAAUUACUCAAUGAAUGGCACUUUAUCCGAUUUCAUCGUGCUUAUCCAAAUUUAUUGCUGCUAUUCACCUGUGGUUUGACUGCUCUACGACUUGCGCCGGCAGAAGCCUUUGGCUCAUAUCCAUUUAUUCAAUGCAUCGGACUGUGUCGCUUCCUGUCAUAGAUCGCGGACGACUUGGAUCCAGGGCCUGUUAUGUUGAGGCAGGCAAGGCCGUAGCACGUGCCGACGACUUUUAUAGGUACAUAGACAAUGAGUAAGA